UUUUUAAACAUGGCAAUUUUAAAAUUGGUGAAUGUCAACUUUUUAAUUGUCUCAAAAAUUUCAGUCAUAUUUUCUUAUUAAAAUUACGUGAAUCAAAUAUUAAAUAAAAAACUCUGGGAGCACAUCGAUAUCAGGGACUGGUGUUCGCCGGUGUUCGUUCGUUUCGGCUGUGGGAAUAAGUUGUUUGUGUUGGCGCGUGGGACGGCUUCAUAAAUGAAUAAUGUCUCUGAGGUCGAAGGCGCUGGCUCUGGUGGAGGUUCUGCUGCGAGUGCCGCCGCUGUUUGUGGUGGAUGAGUUCCUAAAGAUCAGCCUGGGCCUGCCGGUGUCGGGCGGGGACGAGGUGACGCUGCUCAGCAAUGUGUCCAUCGACCACGUCGAUUUGCCCGACUCAGAAACCUACUACGACGCGAACUUUUACAAUGCUUUCGUGUUCACACUCAUGAAGUUCCUCGUAUGCUGUCUAGGAUGCAUGUCAGCGUUAUGCAUAUUCGUGCUGUACACGAAGCAUCUGAUCAUCGUGUACCUGUACCUCAUGUCCGUGGGGCUGGUCUUCGUCUCCUACUGGACCAACGUAUCCGCCAUCAAACAAGUUCAGGCGCUCACGCUCGCCGUGACAUCCCCACACCACUCCACCAGCAUCCUCGAAGACAUUCUCAACCUAAACACCAAGAAUCUACUUGAUCUCGAUGGCCCAGGCAUACUAGUUAUCCAGAACUUUGCUAUACAGUUCACAUUAGCCUUACUCUUCAAGAAUGUACACUUAGGUCCUCGCCAUCCGACUGUUCAGAAGCUCCUACCAGUCAGUUUCAUGGCACCGUCCUUUUUAGCUAUGCUCCCGGUCCCGCCCAAUUUACUUCAUCAUUCGCCGGUGUUUUCUACUCUGGUGCCACUUUGCCUAGUCAAAUACGUGCUCUGGUCUUCAGCGGAUAAUGUGAUACACGUAAUUUAUGCAGGCAUCCAGCAUGGCAGGCUGUUUGUAAGCAACUAUGGACUUUCCGCCCUUGUUGAGACUGAAUGGAUGCGCUUAAAUGUUCCUUGCGUGCUCCGCGUGUUUUGGGUGCUUCGCGUCGCCGAGCACGCGAUACUACUCCUUAUGGACAACUAUGACGAGGAGGCCGAUGAAGGUCUCCGAGUUUCAACUCUCCUAGCCGUCCAAUCGCUGGCAUCGAUGGCCAAAUCUCUACUCGUAACCGGCUGUGAGACAAUAACCGCCGUCCUUGGCAUGACUUCAGUGAUCUCAUUCUUUUGUCACUACAUUGGAAACUUCUUCCAGUGGAUAUUACUAACAGACGAGGAAGAGGACAAAAGUAUUGGCACAGUAUCCGCUAUACUGUUCUACAUACUGGCUCUGCAGACAGGACUGACUUCCUUAAACCCUGAGAAAAGAUUUAUCAGAUUAUGCAGAAAUUUCUGUCUCUUAUUCACUGCUUUGCUGCACUUUCUGCACAACAUUGUGAACCCAAUGCUGAUGUCUUUAAGCGCGUCGCAUAACCCAAGCACGCACAGACACGUCAGAGCUUUAGGAGUCUGUGCUUUUCUUAUAAUAUUCCCAAUAUCUUUGCUGGUGUAUCUGUGGUCGCAGCACUCCGUCUCAACCUGGCUGCUAGCCGUGAGCGCUUUCAGCAUAGAGGUGAUCGUCAAGGUUGUGGUCAGUCUGAUGAUAUACUCAUUAUUCUUAAUCGACGCGUAUAGAAGCACUUUCUGGGAACAACUUGAUGACUAUGUCUACUAUAUCAGAGCUUUUGGCAACACUAUAGAGUUCUGCUUCGGGAUUUUCUUGUUUUUCAAUGGAGCGUGGAUUUUGCUGUUUGAGUCCGGUGGAGCCAUAAGAGCGGUGAUGAUGUGUAUACACGCAUACUUUAACAUUUGGUGCGAAGCUCGCGCGGGCUGGUCCGUCUUCAUGAAGCGUAGAACCGCUGUUAACAAAAUUAACUCCCUCAGAGAGGCAUCCGCAGACCAGUUGGACACUCUGGACGAUGUCUGCGCGAUCUGCUACCAGGAAAUGCACUCAGCAAAGAUCACUCGCUGCAACCAUUAUUUCCACGGAGUGUGUUUGAGAAAGUGGCUCUACGUCCAAGACCGCUGUCCACUCUGUCACGACAUACUCUAUAAGAUAGACAAUGACAUAAACAAAGACUCCGACCAGGGCAAUGAGGAGAACAGCAAUAACCAGAACUUGCUGCUAGAAGAAGAACCUGAACUGAUCUUAGGGGAAGACGUGAGGUGACUCGACGGCCAAAUAUACGACCUAUAAAUUAGAAAAAUAAUUUGUGGUAUUUUUUAAUGAUUUUGUAUAGUAAGUUAUUGUUUUUUUUUUACAAUCAAACGGAUGAACCUGUGAUUGCUUGGUAUGAAGUUGAUUUUUGUCUGUGUGGGUGUUGUGGAGUUUUGUGGCCGAGCGAGGCGAGGGUCACUAUAGUCUCUGUGUGCUCGAGUGUCUAAUGUUAAAUUGUGCUAGUGUAUCGACCUAACAAUUAGAAAGACCAAAGUCGAGUAAAAAAUAAACACUUCUAAUCUGUAUUGUAUACAAAGCUGUUGUAUAUAUAUUUGUUGUACUUGGCGUCGCAAGGUCACACGUGUCCCGGAUGUCCCAUUUAUUUUAUGAAGAUUUUGACCUCCGCAUAUACUUGUCGCUGUCAUAUAAGAGGCACCACUUUGUCAAGGCGCUACUAGCAAAUCAUUAGAAAUCGUUAUCGACAGCCAACAAGGUGGUACCUUUUUCCUGAAAUGUCACAUAUCAUAACGCCAUCUGUUGAAACUUCAACGAUAUUACUAAAUGUUUCAAUAGAUUAAAUGGGCCUAUGACCUCGCUAAAAAACGGAAUUUACAAAAAAAAAACGUUAUGUCAAAGGAGUAGGUCAGACAGCAGCCAAAGUUGCUAAGCGGGCGAGGUGUUCACAAUUACCUUAACACGCUCUUAUUAUCUUAACAAUAAAGUCGCGUCAAGAUCAUUUUGAACACCUCGCCCGCUUAGCAACUUCUGCUGCUGACUGUACAGCAUUCUUUAGAAAUUACUAGUGUAUUUUUACUCGUCCCUGGAGAGACAAAAAACUAGACAUACAAAGCUAUUUGUAAAUAGAUAAGGUAUUUAGAAAUAGCUUUUAAUAUUUGAAACUAUUUUAAAUUAUAUAUAAAAAUAGUAAUUUCUCACGGUAAAAUGUAAAUAAAACAUUUAUUUUAGUAGUAAUCUGCCUUUGGUCUCAUAGAUUGCUAGCGGCAGAGACAAAUAAAAAUAGAAACUCGUAAUCUGCAUACGAAGUUCCUUUAUUUUUCAUUUUUGUAGAUGGCGUUAUUGAGAUCUCAGAGGUCAUUUUUUCUGUGAUCUCAAUAACGUCUAUUUAUAACAAAACGUCACAUAAGUAGUGCAUUAGCCUCUUGUCCAAAACGCCAUCAAGUGAGCUCACUCAGAGAAUCAAGAACAACAUAAGCAUUAAAACCAAUUAAAAAAGACGCACAAUAUGGUUGCAACUUUUUUUUGCUGUAGUCUUGACAGCUGACCUAGACGGCGCUACAACCUCAUGCAUUCGGUGGUAGCUAGAUUUUCAAGGUUAUUCUCGACAAUUCGGCGCCAGGAAGCGUCAUCUAGUGUAGCUGUCCAAACUCAUACAGUUUUAAUAUUUUGCUGCACUUUGUGUGUUGUCUAAGGUGUAACGUGCAAGUCAAUACGCCGUAAAAAAUGUAUGGCUUCAAUGGACGUAGUUUUGGAAAAAGGAUCCAUCCUCAAAAAUCUGCUACUGAAAUAAAUGACUUUCCUUUUUGACAAAAAGAUUAAAUUUUAUUCAGUUAAAAUUUUAUUAUUUUUUGCGGGUCGGAUCCUUUUCCCCAAAUUACGUUAAAUUGAUUGUAGAAGAGUUUUCUGCCAGCUAAAGUAAACAGGGAGCGCUGCGCGUAGCUAACUGGAUUGUGAGACUGUUUUUUGCAAAGUAGACUUAGGACAUAAUGCACGGAGCCGUUCACCGUACAGCGCUAUGUAUAACUGUCGGCGGCCGAUCGUAAAGUUUUUGUGUAAUGUUUUGACGGUAGUUACAUUAAACUCCGUCAAAAGGCUCCGUCGACUCAGGGAACGAGACAAUGAUUUUACGAUCGGCCGCCGACAUAUCCACUAUCAGAUUAAAAGCACGAGUUACAGGUUGAUUCACAAGAGCUGUUACCAAUGGAAUGAAAAUAUCUAUGUGUGUUUUACAUUAACUAAUAAAAUGGUGGCUCUGUAUACCGAUACAGGUGUCACUCAUACAAUGAAAGAUUUGUUCAUUCCAUUCGUGCCAGCUUUCGUAAAUCGACCUGUAGGUACACAACUCUUUGCUCAAAAAUAAGGAAUCAUUGAUUAUAUUAGAUGAGUAAUGUAGAUGGCGCUGUGACUGUGUACAUUAUGCGGUAACUCUCGGGGUACGAUUAUUUAUCACACUUUGCACGUCCUAUUCGCUCCGUGCAAUAACUGGUGCCGCCCUAGUAGUUGUGGGACUCAUUGCUUAUUUGACAGUUGACAACUGCCAAAUAGUAUGAAGAUGUCGCCCCACAAAAAAACAUAUUUUCACCAAUUUCGCGCUUAUCCAAUUCAUUCAAUUUAUAUCUAUUUUCGAAAGUAACUCCAUCUAUCCCAAAGCCGAGGAACGUUAUGCCAAGCAGAUUACCAAUCUACAUUUAUUUGUCUCUGCCAGCGAGUAUAAAUCGGAUUACAAUUUUUCGUUUAAGUUGUUAAGAUAAUUUUGCUUGGACGUGAUGAUAUAUUACUUAUAAUAAAAACUAUUAAGUACGGA